CUUGUGCAACGUCAAACACUGUCAGAUCAAAACAACACUGCAAUUAUAAUAGUUUGCCUUAUUUUUUAUUUGUUGUAAUGUGUAAAUUAUAAAUAACUAAUAAUAAAAUAUUUUAUAAAAAGUGUGCAAUAGGCUUUAAUAAAUUUACAGAUUAUCAAGCAACACAACAAAUAACUAAUGUCUUUUCUGUGGUAUAACCAAAAAGAAAUUAAUAUUGAAAUUCCCCUUACAGAAGAAUACACCAAUAUAACUUAUUAUAUAAUUCAAGUGACUGUGGGGGAAAUUAAAUGGAAAGUUAAACACAGGUACAACGACUUUUAUACUCUACACAACAAGCUUGUUAUAGACCAUGGAGUUUCUAAAGAUAUAUUGCCUUCGAAAAAGGUUAUUGGCAACAAGACAAAUCAAUUUAUCGAGAUGAGAAAAAAGGGGCUCGAGGAAUAUUUACAAAGAAUACUCGUGUUUUUAAAGAGGACGAUGCCAAAGACCUUUGUCCACUUUUUAGAUUUCCACUUAUAUGACAUUUACUUCUUGCUGCAAGACUUAUCGCUAAAGUGUUUUGCUGAAUCUGAUUUUGUGUUGUCUUCUACCAAGUCCCUUAAUUUUACUCCUCUAGAGUUUCAUGCAAUAAGUGAAUUUUUAAAAUGUCCAAUACCUGGAGAAGAAAACUUGGAAAACCCACUAGAUUUAGGACCAAUUUUAGAUUUAUGUUCACAGCUAAGAAACCUGACUGUUACAGGCAGUUUUAAAGAGUAUCUACAGAGCAAUAUUAUUUUGAAUAAGCUUCCCUUUGAGUUUUCUUUUAUUAAGUUAAAUUCUAGUCUAAACCUAAAAAGUGUCUCAUUGGAAAUGAUAACUUCAUUAGGCAAUCUGAGAGAAACACUUAAAUCACUAAAAGUAUGCUAUACAAAUGCUAAAUAUAUUUAUGAGGUCCUUCAGUGUGAUGUACUUCACAAAAGCACUUUGGAGGGAAGUGAGAGAUGGCUUGCUUUAGAAACUCUGGACCUCAGCAAUAACAAUCUUAUAGAGAUAGAUAAAACCAUAAGUUUAGCAAUAAACUUGAAAACAUUAAUACUUGAUGGAAACAAAAUCUCAACAAUAUCAAACCUGACUAGUUUACCAAAGUUAGAGUACCUUAGUAUAAUCAAUAAUUUGAUCACAAUCUGUGACCAACUGCAUACCAAAGUUGGGAAUAUAAAAACUUUAAAUCUGUCACAGAAUAGCAUAGUAACCACCAAGGGAUUUUUUAAGUUAUACUCACUGGAAAACUUGGAUUUGAGUUGUAAUAAACUUUGUGACAUUGAACAAUUGGAGUAUCUAGGAAACCUGCCUUGUAUAGAAAACUUGAGGCUUACAGGUAAUAAUGUGUCUACAACCGUUGAUUACAGAGUAAGGGUUCUUGGAAUCUUUGGGGAUAAAGCCAGAAACAUUUGUCUCGAUAAUGAGAGGCCUUCCCAACCAGAGCUUGAUAAAGUUUCAAUAUUAAAUGCGUUAAAAAUUGUUAAAGAAGGCAAGACACCAGAUUUGGAAGGAAGUCUCUCGGCUUAGCAGUGUUUAGAGAUUAAAUCAGAGAUUAUACUUUCCAGUGACCUGUGAUAAUUGUUUAACUCAUUGUAAGAUUUAUAUGUAUAUCAGAUAAUUAUGUUUUUAUUGUAUAACUUUAUGAAUGCUUUAUUUUUAUUUUUUGAACAAGAUAUGUUGACCAAGA